UAGCUUUGGGAGUGAUCUGUAUAAAAGGAAGUGAGUGGGUUGUGCGGUGGCUCAAGUCUAGCCACCAACAUGGAUUUUCUUCUGUUCCAAAACCAAGAGCCAUCCCCUGUAAAUUCCAAUUCCUCUGUUUCCGAAGAAUCAUUUAGUUGGGAGGACUUCUUCACCUUCAACUCCAGUGACUACUCAUCUUCCCAAUCCAAUUCCGUGGGAGGAAUCGAAUCUCAGGAAGUAUCCUCUCAAGUGCAAGUCACAAAUACUAAAGCAUGCUCACCACCACCACCACCAAAAGAGCAAAGCAGUGGCAACAGUGGCGGCAAGAGAGAGAAGAGGCCGUACAGAGGAGUGAGGAGGAGGCCGUGGGGGAAGUUCGCGGCGGAGAUAAGGGACUCGACGAGAAAUGGGGUGAGAGUGUGGAUCGGAACGUUUGAUACGGCGGAGGCGGCGGCUUUGGCGUACGACCAGGCGGCUUUCUGCACCAAGGGAUCAAUGGCGGUGCUGAAUUUCCCGGAGCAAGUGGUGAGGGAGUCCCUAGAGAGGAUGGCGAGUAAGCCAUGGGAGGAAGAUUCGUCUCCUGUGCUGGCCCUCAAGAGAAAGCAUACCUUGAGGCCAAGGUCGUCGUCGUCGUCGUCCUCCUCCGACCCUAAAAGACCCAGAAAGAAUAACAGCUCCUCCGGGGACGCCCAUGCCUCCAACAACGUGCUCGUCUUGGAGGAUCUGGGGGCUGAAUAUUUGGACCACCUCUUGAGCUUGACCUCUUCUGAGUUUGGUUCCUAGCACUUGUUAAUUUCUUUCUCACUUUCAAUUCUUUCAUCGCUUCUUCUGAGGGAGGCAUAAUGGGGCUAAACCCUGUCAUUAUUGCCCCAAAUUCGUUAAUAAAAAGCAAGUCAUUUCCCCCCCUCUUUUUAA